GCAUGUUCUAUAGCGCCAUGCGUGAGUGUAAUGAUGCGUAAGAGGUUUAUAUCUUAACAGUGCACUUAGAGUGAUGUAUAUAUAUGCAAAUUUGGUGGAUUUUUUUAGCGCCACCCAACAGAUAGGUGGCAAUAGUGCGAAACAUUCACCGUUAGCUGACAUGGACUGGGAACUGUGUCUAUCUGUUACGGCUGCUAUUGUCUUGGCAUGGCUUUCUUUUCGAUUCAUAAAGCGGUUUGUUUAUCCGCAAACCCUCCUGGGUGACUUGCCUAACAGACACGUGCUCAUCACAGGCUGUGACUCUGGUUUCGGCCGAGCGGCCGCUAUCAAGCUGGAUGAGCUGGGCUUAAGCGUGUUUGCCGGUUGUUUAACUGAGUCAGGGGCCUCAAAGCUUGCAAGGCAAUGUAGCGACAGACUGCAAACUCUUAUUCUAGAUGUGACCAAUCCAGACGAUAUCAAAAAAGCACACGAGCAAGUAAAACAACACCUGCCGCAGCAUACAGGUUUGUGGGGUCUUGUUAACAAUGCUGGAAUUGCCAUGUUCACGGCCGUGGAGCUAACUCCUCUGAGCGAGUACAAGAAAAUGGCAGACGUGAACCUUUGGGGACUGAUUGACGUGACACUUACCUUUCUACCGCUGAUCAGAAAGUGUGGCGGGCGCGUUGUCAACAUCUCAAGUAUUGCAGGACGGCUAUCUAUACCGAAUACUGGACCGUAUUCGGUAACAAAGUACGGGGUGGAAGCGUUUUCAGAUGCUCUGCGGCGGGAGGUAUCUCCAUGGGGGGUCAAGGUGACUUUGGUUGAGCCAGGGGGGUUCCAUACACGCUUUCUGGCCGAGGGGGCCCUGGAAAAGAAGUUACAAACUCUUUGGGAAAGCGCGAAUGAACAACUGAGAAAUGAUUACGGCGAGGACAACUAUAAAACACAAAUGGCGUCUCUGAAAGCAAUCUCGCUGAUAGCAAGUUCUGACCUGAGUGAGGUGGUAGAGGCGAUCGCGCAAGGUAUUCUGGCUUCGUCCCCAGGAACGCGCUGCCUCGUGGGUAAAGACGCCAGGUUCAUUUACUGGUGGCUUACCAUUCUCCCCACUUCUACCGCUGACUGGCUGAUAGCAGUUGGCUCAAGACUCGUCAGGCGUUUUUUGGCCUGACUGGUUAUUAGUGGUUUGACUUGAAAAUAAUCUUGUCUUGUCUAAAUGCUGUCUGAUAAUCAAAGUUUCCUUACGCGUUUUGGCAUAAACCUUAUUAUCUAAAAUGUUAGAGAUAGGCACUUUGUACAGGCGCGCACCCAGGAUUGGCCAUGGGGGGUGCGCAGCCAUAGGUAUCAUAUGAAAAAAUCAUAGUAUUUGAAGAUUCCUUAAUAAGAAAUGACCCACUAUUUGGCCGCCAAAGGGAGGUGCGCGCGCACCCUGCGCACCCCUCUGUAUACGCGCCUGUUGUAUUCUAUCACAUCGUGGCAGUAUGGGAGUACAUAAUAGUAGUUACUGAAGUAGACGUCUCCUGGUUGAAUAUUGUUUUAAUUCAAUUCUAAAGACGUUUUAGAGGGAGUGAGGAAAAAAAGAUUUUGGGGGAUGGCUCCGUAAACUUUUAACCUCAAAGGGGACUGCGGAAAUAAGCAGGCCUUCUAAGAAGGGGGGUGGGUCUGAAUUUGUUUUAUAAGUUGAACUGGAACCCUGGGGGUUGUUAAAGGGGUGGGGCCAAUCAUUUUUUUUACACUGAAGGGGAGGGAGGGCUAAAAUUUUUCGGUGUGUUUAAGUCAAAAUCUUUCCUACCCCCUCAUGGGUAUUUAAAAACACUCCCUUAUAUAUGUGAAUAAAACAAUACCUUACGGUCAGACGAUAAUACAAGCCUUUAGCCUUUUAGCCUUUUGUUCUCCUGUGCUCAGUCGCGCAUGUGCAUUUCCUUUCGUGCUCAGAAACAAGAAAAAUAAACUGAAGUAUGUUGGAAUGUGCGCGAUCUAUAUAUGGUUCGUGUGCUCAUUUUAGACAAAAGUGAUAGUGAAUAAAGUAAACAGAAAACGCA